GGAGUUCACCAAAACUAAGGAGUUGAGGUGGAUCACUGGGUAAAAGCUAGUUAGUCAGUCAAGCAGGACUAUGCCGUCCUACGCCCUGAAACAUUUUAUUGACCUGGAUGAUAUCCUGUGCAAGCAUCUUUUAAACCUUGAUCUCCGAGAGCCAGCCGAGACCUCUGCACAUGUAGCUGUUGGAAAUGGAAAGCCUGACAGUCCCUGCACACUUUCCUCCACUGGUUCAGGACUUUCUCUAGACAGCAUGGAUAGUGGCUCCAUGAACCCAAGCUACUGGGGGCCCCAGAAAGUAUCAUCUCAGUCAAAGUGGUGCAAGAUGCCCUUCUGGUCAGAGCGCUCCGUUAGCAUGGUGGAGGAAAACACUGGAAGUUUGGGCUGGUUGUCUGCAGAACCCAAUAAUUUUCAGCAUCCUUCAGUCCAGUCCGGUACCGGGUCUCUUUCCGGCUCUACAUCUUCCAUUUCAUCCACCUCAUCUCGCUACAAAACAGAGUUAUGCCGCACAUUUGCCGAAAGAGGGGUGUGCAAAUAUGGUGGUAAGUGUCAGUUUGCCCAUGGGGCCGAAGAGCUGCGAGAUCUUAACCGCCAUCCCAAAUACAAGACUGAACCUUGCCGCACUUUCCACUCCAUUGGCUUCUGCCCCUACGGCAUCCGCUGCCACUUUGUGCACAACACUGAAGAAGAUCUUGCAGAUGCCCGACCCCAGACCUCCAAUCCAACUGUCCAGCGACCUCCGCUCCUCAAACAGAGCUUCAGCUUCUCUGGGUUUCCUACAACUCUACAGUCUCUAGAAACCCCUCUUUCUACUUCCUCGUUCUUCUGUGCUCCCUCUGCAUCAACUCCAACCCCCACUGCCAUUUCUGACCUUCUCUCCCUGGCCUUCCCAGACAUUGAUCCAAGCAUUCUUCUGGACCAGGCCCGGGAGUUCCAUCCACAGUUUUUGCCCUCACCAGACUCUGGGUACUCUCACUCCGGAUUGACUCCCACUUUGUCACCCACCCAGCUCAUUCCCUCCCAGGCUGAGGGCUGCCUGAGGCAGAGCCCCACUGGUGGGGCAUCUCUAGGCCUCAGGAGUCUAUCCCACACCUCCCUCUCAGACCAUGAGGGUGGCAGCUGCAGCUCAUCCAGUAGUAUGAGUGGUUUUGAAUGUUCCAAUGGACUUGAAGCCAGUGGGCGAAGACUCCCCAUCUUCAGCCAGCUUUCAGUACCUGAUGAUGGCAUCUACAGUGAGGGCAGCAACUCUGGCACAAGCUUCUUCCUGUAGACUUUGUUGCUCCUCAUGGGGACUGAACUGUAUACUGUGGUAUACCUACUGUAUUAUGUGGCCAAUACUUUACAUUUUAGUUAAGCUCAGAGUGAGACAUGCUGUUUGAGAGAACUGAAUUUUGAAAUGAUUCUUUAAGUGGGGUUUGAUUGUGCUUUUAAGUGAACCAAUCACCAAGUUUUAUUUUUUAGUUGACUGCUGCAGAAAAGAAAACGGUAACCUGGAAAGGUACCGUCACACAGAUGUUUUGAGUAAAAGAUGCAGGUGGUAAAACUUUUAAGAUGCAUUUAGCAAUCUGCUAAUUACAAAAGAUUAUUGUACCAAAAUAGCUAAAGAGUAUAUGACCCAGUCUUGUAAAGGGUUUUCAAUAUUUGAGAUGGCCAGUAUUCCUUCUACACAGAGACUAAACUUUCUGAUGUUGUUAGAACUGAGUUUAAGUGAUGUUUGUCAGCAUUAUCAUUUUGAGAUGUUCUUGCUACUUUUGAGGUCAGUGUUUGGUUUGUUCCCAGAUUUACUCGCCUUAACUUUGAAUAUUUCGAAGCAGGCCUCUGGAAGUGCACAGUUGAAGCUCUAUUUGGAAUAAGUUGCCUUCUGAUAAUGUUGCGUAGUUUUGGUAUAGCUGUUGAGGUUUAUUGUAAGUUUAGGCAAAUCCAAUGAUUACUUAAUGAGACAUUAGUGGCCUUGUGGCCAUUAGUGGUUUUGUUUAGUCCUUUUUUUUUAAUAGUUCGUUCUGAUGGGUCCCUUUUUGCAUCUAAUUGUCUGCAAUGCUCCUGUUGGGUUUCAUGAUGGAGAGUUUCAAGUAACUUAAAGUUCUUCUUUUUUUUCUCUCUCUCUUUGUAAUUUAUUUUAUUGUAUUUAUAGAGAACGUGUUUUUGAUUAACAUUUGUAUCAAGUUUAAUAUAUUGAUUUUUCUCCCUGCUACCCCUCUCAUUUUGUACUGAAAUUAAACUUUGUUAAUGAACAUCUUUGUGGUUCUAUUUUUUUCUUCAUUUAUGGGUUUAAUUAUGAUUUCAAAAUAACUAGCGGAUUUCCAAAACAUGUGCUAUAUUCUAGCAAAGAAAUUAAGUUUAAUAAAUGACACCUUCUGUUUGAUGAAAGCAAAC